ACAUAACAUUGUAUGUUGGAUAAUUUUCAAUAUUUAUUCUGUUGUAGAAAGUUUAGGAAAUGUUGGGGGACAGUUUGUUGAUUGUUUUUAUUUCUAUUGUGACAGCUCUGCUGGCUGAAGGUUUAACAUGGCUUAUGGUUUAUCGAACCGAAAAGUUCAAGAAACUAAAAAGUGAAGUGGAUAAACAAAGUAAAAAAGUUGAAAAACGUAAAGAACUCUUGGGUGAGUCGGUCAACAAAAACCAGAAACGACGUUUGGAACUUGAAGAAGAGAAAUUAAAAAGUAACAAUCGCGAUUUAUCGGCAGUGCGCAUGAAGUCAAUGUUCGCUAUCGGGUUUUGUUUCACUGCGUUGCUGGGAACACUGAGCUCUGUGUUCGAAGGUAGAAUUGUUGCUAAGUUACCAUUUGUACCGCUUGGUUUAUUACAAGGUUUAUCACACAGAGGUUUGAUGGGGAAUGAUUAUACAGAUUGUUCAUUCAUUUUCCUUUAUAUAUUAUGCACAAUGUCAAUUAGACAGAAUAUUCAGAAACUCCUUGGAUUUGCUCCGUCACGAGCUGCAGCCAAACACGGGGGUGGAGGGUUAUUUCAACCACCACAAACCACCAAGUAACAAGCUAUUACCAACCACUAAGGUUGUAUUGAAUUAUGACUGGGAUUUGGUGCAUUUUAUGUAAUAAUCGUAAUUCAAAACUGCUCAAACUACUAAGUAAUACAAUACAACUUAUUAUACUGAAUUACCACUGGGAUUUGGUGCGUUUUAUGCAAUAAUCGUAGUUCAAAACUGAUGAAACUAUAAAGUAAUACAAGUUAUUAUAUUGAAUUAUAACUGGAAUGUCUAUGUUGUAGUGGAUACAGAUUAUUGUAGAUUAAAACAAAACUGGGAUAUUGCAAGAUUGCAAGUUUGCAACAAUGACAGUCUAUUUUCAUUCAUUACUGGGAUUUGGUGCGUUUUAUGCAAUAAUUGUAAUUCAAAACUGCUCUUUUACACCAUUAUAUUGAAUUAAUAAAUUCUACCCAGGAAUAAGUGCAUCGUUAUUGCUUUUUGCACCGCUAGUCUACAUUGAAAUAAUAAGAAGAAUUAGUGCUUAUGGUGUAACAACUAUAUUCAUAAUCAUUAUACAAAGCUACUUAUAUGUAAGUCCAUAACAAAGGGAUUAUUUAGGCAAUAUGAUGUCACAAUGCGACUAUGUUACUAAGGUGUUGUUUGUGAUGUAAUAAAUUUAAUUCUAAAAUA